AUGUCCUCCUCCGCCUGGACGGCCGACGCCAACGAAGCCCUUGCGCUCUCUCUCGUGCGCGCCACGGACGAUAAAGCUUCCCUGUGGUCAAGGGAAGCGUACGAGGGCUUCCACCCCACAUUCACAUAUCCAAUUGUUGGCGAGGAAGAGAAGAUGUAUGGGUACAAGGACCUCAACAUCGACUUGAAGUUCGCGUCGGGAUCUCUGGCGCAAUAUCUGGACGUCAAGUACACCGAAAAACUUCCUUCCUCCUCCGCCGUAGACGAGGUAGAGGCAACGAUUGCUAAGUUCAUCCCGGAAGGAUACUACACAGACGAGCACAAGUUCCUCGAGCGCGUUGAGCACGACGCCACUCAUUUCAAGCCCCUUGGGGAGAAGAUCUACUCGUACUCCCGCACGGCCUCCACGCUCCCCAAAGGCAAAAAUGUCGCCGUUGCUCGCGUUCUCAGUCCCGAAGACCAGGAGACAGUAGACUAUGAGGUUUACCAUUCCACUUGGAGCACGCCAGGGUUCCGCGAAUUCCAUCGAAGGAUGCGGAUUUUCGUGCUGCUUUACAUCGAGGCCGGCUCCUUCAUCAGCGAAGACGAAGAGACUUGGGAGUUCGCCGUACUCUACGAGAAGCGGCGACGGCGCUCAUCCCCUGAAGUCUUCACAUAUCAUUUCGUCGGCUACUCCACCCUCUAUCCCUUCUACUGCUUCCCCGAGCGCGUUCGUCUACGCAUUUCGCAGUUCCUUAUCCUCCCUCCCUACCAACAAGACGGCCACGGAUCGGCCCUCUAUACCGCUAUUUAUCAACACGUUCUCGCCCAGCCGCGGAUAGCCGAGUUGACUGUCGAAGACCCCGCUGAAGCGUUCGAAGAUCUGCGCGAUCGCAACGACCUCAAAAUGCUGCUCGCCAACGAGAGGUUCAUGCGCGAAGGGUUCGGCCCUGAGGCAGUGUCAAGUAACGGUGGCAAGGUGGCGCGGAAGUCGCGCGGACGACCCCGCAGCAUGCGUAACGGCGCCGGCAAGAUGGGUCCACCUGCUGACCGUGCGUGGCUCGAGAAGUGGAGAACCGACCUGAAGAUUGCUGGGCGACAGUUCCAUCGGCUCGUCGAAAUGCUCAUUUUGAAGCACCUGGAUCCCACCGAUGAGAUCGCCCAGCGAUCUUACCGGCUGCAGGUGAAGGAGCGUCUUUAUCGAUUCAACUACGAGGUCCUCAUGCAACUGGACAAAAUAGAAUGCCAGCAGAAGCUCCAGGAGACGUUCCAGAGCGUGGUCGCGGACUAUCGGCGUAUCCUUGGACACGUGCAUUAG